AUGAAACCACUCACCAGCCUCAUCCUCUCAGCCAUCGCCGUCACCGCAAUCAACUUCCCAGCCCAACACCCCAUGAUGCCUCUCCAUCCCUCCCAGCCGCAACCGCACAUCAAAUUCAAAACCACCAACUCCCCUCCUUCUCCCAAAGACGCACCCCCAUCAACCUACGACCCCAAACUCCAGCCCCAAGUCUCCCUCAGCGACACCAUCGGCCCCCUCCGCUCCAUAUCAUCCUUCUCCUCAUUCACGCGCCUCUGCUCAUCCACGUCCUCCCUCCUCUCCGACCUCUCCACCAACACCACCGUCCUCGCGCCCCUGAACUCCGCCAUCGACAAACUCCCCCGGAAACCGUGGGAGUCUCCCGCCGACUACGCACACAUCGGACCCCAAGCCUACGACGGGACGGGCGGGCACGACCGCGCCAACAGAAACCUCUUCAAGUUCGUGGAGGCGCACCUCGUGGGUGUGAGUCCCUGGCCGGAGGGGCAGAAGGCGACUACCCUGGCGGGCAGGGAGGUUUGGUGGGAGAGCAGGAAUGGCGAGAGGGUCGUGAUGCCGGAUGAGGUGGUGGUGGAGAGGGUGGCGAGUAGGGUUUCUAAUGGGGAGGUGUGGAUUUUAAAGGGCGUUGUUAAUUACGAGUAG